AUGAGCCCGGGAGUUUUCAAGUGCUCCACCGGCUGCGGAGUUUCAGAUAUCAUACAGAAACCCCUGGCGGCAUCUGCAGGGAAGCUUCUGACCUUUAAGAGGCACACAGUAAAGAAAAUCAGACAAUACUGGCCGAGGAGAAUGGGACAGUUUGGCAGAAACGGUCGAGAUUAUGAACGGCAUGGUUGGAGAGAGAGAGCUUUCCUGGAGCUCUUUCCCACCUCUCUUUCCACCUCUGUGGAUUCAUCUUCUGGCCAUUUGUCCAACGUCUACAUUUAUGUUUCAAUAUUUCUAAGCCUUCUAGCAUUUCUGCUCUUACUCUUGAUCAUUGCUCUGCAGAGGCUUAAAAACAUCAUCUCAUCCAGUUCCUCCUACCCUGAGUACCCUAGUGAUGCUGGGAGUUCAUUCACUAACUUGGAAGUCUGUAGCAUCUCCUCUCAGAGAUCUACUUUCUCCAACCUUUCUUCCUGAAGAAAAAUGCAAGAGAACAAUUUGGUGCUGGAAGGGCUUAGUUGCAUGCUAUUUGUUGCCUCUUGGAGGAGGUGACUGUAUGAGGCUAACCUGGAAGAGGUGACUUUUUGAGCUCUUAGACUACCCCUCAUCCUUUAGUCUCAAUUUCCCUUUUAAUUAGCAGCACUUUUCAUCUCUGAACAUAAUGCUAAAACAAACAGCUUUAAGCAUCUAGGAGUGAUACAGUUUCACACCUGCCUGGUAGACCUAGAUCUGCCUCUUAGUAAAGGGAUCCAUUAAUUCCAUGGCAUUGGGCA